AGACCGACAAAAAAAAGUACCAACAUGAUUUAGGCUCUUCUGUAGUCUGCUUUAACGGAGGGGGAAUGGGUAGGCUAGUGCUGCCCGCUAUUUUGGAAGAUAAGAUUUUCUUCCGUUUGAACCAGUAAUACUGUACAGAAAUGCCAAUACAUCUGAUGGGGUAAAGAUAAAACAUUCUAAACGAAAAGCAACAAUCUGGAUUCUAGAGGGCCGGAGAGAACGUAGGGAUGCUCGAGCGUUGUCACAGCGACACAACUUGCUAGGACAUUGUGCACGCGCCCCGCCGAGAGGCAGCGUGAGCGAGCUAAAGAAGCAAUCGCACAAGCGCAGCAUCUUUUCGGUGCAUGGCUAUAACGGGUCGGAGGGGAAUCACGGAAAACCACCGCUAUUACCCAGAGACGAAGCAGGCAAGCACCACCAUGAUUCAAAUCGUCCUCGCUAUUUAAACUGUCGUUUGAGCUAUCCUCUCCACCCGCAAAGGGCAAGCGAGGAUGUUUUUUGGGGGUUGAAAAUCAACCUGCUUGCAAAAUCACUGUUGCCAAUUUAUGUAGACGAGGAAUUAGACUAGAUAUCAUUUCGUUGUCAGCAAAUGAGUUAUAAAGAUAUAUAUAGAGACUCGUCAGAUGAAAAGCCAAAGCUGGAAGAAUGAUUCCAAAAUCAGUCUACAUGCAUUCAUCUCGUGUGUAAUGCGCCUCACGCAGCAAUAGGCUUUAUUUGUUGGUAGCCUUUUCCUUUCUUCGUUGUCUCCCUGUCCCUCAUCAGAAUGUGGUAGUCCGGUCAAUCUACCGGGAUUGAGCGGGUGUUGUCGGUAAACAGAACCAGGGAAGCUUUCUAAAACCGUCUCCUUCUCCAAAGGACUAUGCUUCAAUAUUUCCCCAUCUAGAGGAACGGCGUGACAGCGAUCUAGAAGUCAAAGAGGAUUCCUUUUGAAAACCCCCCUUGGAAUCUUGCUACCCUUUAGACCACAUAACAGGGUCCGUUUGUGACGGCGACAGUUGACCAGGAACUGUGACGGCAGACAUCGACCGUGAUGAGGACCGUACAGGAGGAUGGAACGUAACAGAGUUCUGACCGUGGAACCGUUCUUGACAGCGACCGUAGAACACCAACACUGACCACAACCACACCUUCUAAAGACCGCCCGGUCUCCCCCUAACCCCCAACCUCUCCCGCCCCCCUGUAUUACACCGCACCACCCGCGCCACUCCACUCCUCAUCCACCCAUCCUCCUGUACUCCCUCCCUCGCUCCAGACCUCCACCCUUUCUGAGGGUCCACUUUUUUCUUUCAUUAACACUCUCAACUACCCCUUCUCUCGUAUUCUCUUUCUAUUCCCUUUCUCUCCAAUAUUCUAUAUCUUCAUGAACAUUGAGUCCUCUUUGGAACCCUAACAUAGACGGACGAAUAUCUUUGAGUUGGAGGUGGAGUCUAUAGCUAUCAGUCAUGUAUCUUUUCCCUCUAUCCCUGUGUAAGCCAAAUGGGCGGGGUCUCAGCAUUAGUCCCCGCCCCCGCUGCAACAUGGCCGACACCUGUCUAGUCUGGCUGUUGGGCCUGGCUCUCCGCCUCUCUCUGACCUCCUGCCAGAAGAUAGACCCUGCCAACAAGCUGCCCACGGUGACCACCAACUACGGCAAGCUGCGCGGGCUCAAAAAGGACCUGAACAACGAGAUCUUGGGGCCAGUGGAGCAGUACCUGGGCGUGCCCUACGCCACCGCGCCCAUCGGCGACCGCCGCUUUCAGCCACCCGAGGCUCCGGGCUCUUGGCAGGAGAUCCGCAACGCCACAGCAUUCGCCCCGGUAUGCCCGCAGAACGUGCACGGCGUGCUGCCGGAGAUCAUGCUGCCGGUGUGGUUCACCGACAACCUGGAUGUGGCGGCCAGCUACAUCCAGAACCAGAGCGAGGACUGCCUCUACCUCAACGUCUACGUGCCCACCGAGGACGGUCCGCUCACAAAAAAACACCAUGAGUCUACAAUGAACAGACCGAGAGAUGAAGACAUCCGUGACCGCAGGAAGAAGCCGGUGAUGCUGUUCAUUCACGGCGGCUCCUACAUGGAAGGAACCGGAAACAUGUUUGACGCCAGCGUCCUCGCCGCCUACGGCAACGUCAUCGUGGUCUCUAUGAACUAUCGUCUGGGCGUGCUCGGUUUCCUGAGUACAGGGGACCAGUCAGCCAAGGGGAACUACGGUCUGUUGGACCAGAUCCAGGCUCUGCGUUGGCUCAAUGAGAACAUCGGCCAUUUUGGGGGCGACCCCGAGCGCAUCACCAUCUUCGGCUCUGGCGCCGGGGCAUCCUGCGUCAACCUCCUCAUCCUCUCGCACCACUCCGAGGGUAAGGGGCACGCUGGGUUGUUCCAGAGGGCCAUAGCCCAGAGUGGCUCAGCCAUCUCCAGCUGGUCGGUCAACUACCAGCCCCUCAAGUACACCAAGAUCCUGGCCCGGAAGGUAGGCUGCAGCCACUCAGAGACGGCAGAGUUGGUGGACUGCCUGAGGAAGAAGAACUUCAGGGAGCUGGUGGAUCAGGACAUCCAGCCGGCCCGCUACCACAUCGCCUUCGGACCCGUAGUGGACGGAGACGUGGUGCCGGACGACCCUGAGAUACUCAUGCAGCAGGGGGAGUUCCUGAACUAUGACAUCCUGAUAGGAGUGAACCAGGGAGAGGGGCUGAAGUUUGUAGAUGACAGUGAAGACAAUGAUGGGAUCUCAGCUGCAGCGUUCGACUACACCAUCUCUAACUUUGUGGACAAUCUCUAUGGAUAUCCUGAGGGUAAGGACAUCCUGAGAGAGACCAUUAAGUUCAUGUACACUGACUGGGCCGACCGUGACAACGGAGACAUGAGGAGAAAAACCCUCCUCGCCCUGUUCACGGACCACCAGUGGGUGGCGCCAGCGGUGGCCACGGCCAAACUGCACGCCGAGUUCCAAUCUCCUGUUUACUUCUACACCUUCUACCACCACUGUCAGACGGAGACGCGGCCGGAGUGGGCGGACGCAGCCCACGGGGAUGAGAUCCCUUACGUGUUCGGGGUUCCCAUGAUCGGAGCCACCGACCUGUUCCCCUGCAACUUCUCUAAGAAUGAUGUCAUGCUCAGUGCUGUAGUCAUGACGUACUGGACAAACUUUGCUAAGACGGGGGACCCCAACCUGCCGGUGCCUCAGGACACCAAGUUCAUCCACACCAAGCCCAACCGCUUCGAGGAGGUCAUCUGGACCAAGUUCAACUCCAAGGACAAGCAGUACCUCCACAUCGGUCUGAAGCCCCGCGUCAGGGACAACUACCGAGCAAACAAGGUGGCCUUCUGGCUGGAGCUGGUCCCUCACCUACAUUCCCUCCAUGACGAAUUCCCCCCCACCACCAGGCUACCUCCAGGCAGCACCCGCCCCCCCGGGGUCCCCUGGAAGCCCAAACCCCGCACCACAGGCCACCCCUACCCCACAUUCCCUGACCCCGUGGAGCCCUACGGAUCAGAGCGGCCCAGACUGGACCUCUUCCCCGGUGACACACGGGAUUAUUCCACAGAGCUGUCGGUGACAGUGGCGGUGGGGGCGUCGCUACUCUUCCUCAACAUCCUGGCAUUCGCCGCGCUCUACUACAAGCGGGACAAGCGGCAGGAGAUGAGGCGCCACCGGCUCUCCCCGCAGCGCCACGGCGGGCCCGCCAACGACCUGGCGCACAGCCAGGAGGAAGAGAUCAUGUCCCUGCAGAUGAAGCACUCGGAGCAUGACCCGCACCACGACAUGGAGCCCCUCCGGCCCCACGACAUCCUGCGGCCCGCCUGCCCGCCCGACUACACUCUGGCCCUGCGGAGGGCCCCGGACGAUGUGCCCCUCAUGACCCCCAACACCAUCACUAUGAUCCCCAGCACCAUCACCGGCAUGCAGCCCCUCCACCCCUUCAAUACCUUCCCCAGCACCGGCCACAACAACACCCUGCCCCACCCCCACUCCACCACACGCGUAUAGUAAAGCUAGAGCUCCCCCUGGGGGACCGGUGGACCAACUACUACGCUCUCUGGCUCCCUCUAUAUGGAUAUCUCUCUCUCUCUUACUCUUCUGUUUCUCCGACCGUCAGCCUGCUGCCCUGAUGCUGUAUACUUCCUACAGUGCCACCUGUUGAGGUUAAGUGGAAGUGCAGCUGAACUGCAGGGGCAGCAGAUGUUAAGGGGGGACAUUGAGACAUUUAGAAACUAUUUUGAUGGGGUCUCGUAUUCUCUGACUCUGACAGCCCCCAGACCUUGCCAGAGGACAAUCCUCUUACUGUGCUUUUCAUUUUGUUGUUUUUUCAUCCUCCUUUUUAUCUGUUUCUGUGCUGUAAUAGGGUUGGAGAUAGUUUUUUGGGGUGUUGGGUAAAGUGACCUCUGAUAUAUUGGAAAACCUCUAUCUCUCUACUCAUGUCAUCUGCUUACUUGAUAUAGUGUUUUCUCUUUUCUACAUCCAUCUCUUUCCCUCUGUAGUUCUAAACCCCCCUCAAAUGAACCCCUCAGCCCACCCUUAGGAAUUGUUGGGAGUCUUUUUCAUACAAGGCGUACAGUACAUACAGUUAGCAUCUAUCAUGAAAAUAUUGAUAUUCUGAUAUCGUCUUUCUACCAGCAUUCUUGGUGCCAAGUACUGUGUUGUUUUCCCAUAGGAGGGAACUGAGAGAGAAUCAAGAGUGUGGAGCUGUAUCAAGAUAGCCUACUGACUGUGUUCAUGAAAAGUGCCAAUUUGGCCUAUCUUGUGUGCUUUUUUCUUUGAUUGUUUCAUUGUUGCUUUCAGUUCUUUUUUUUUUGUGGAAAGAAUUUUAAGUAUAUAGAUAUAUAGUUAUAUGUAAAUGUGUACAAAGAAGAAGAUAUAUAAAUGGCUUUCUCAGUGGGGGGGGGAUCUAUGCAUGAAUUAUUUUUUUAAAUGAUGAUGGGGGAAGGACACUGGAUAGUCAAUGUUUCCACACUUCUCCGGUUUUAAACCAUUUCUAUCUCUAUUUCAAAUGCUUUUUCUUCCUAUUUUAUUCUUCAAAAAACAAAAAAUGGAGGCAAUUAAAAAAAAACUGCACGGAUGCUCCUUUGAUUUGCACAAUUAUCCUUUACAACAAGAAAAACCUGACUGGAACAAACAUGAAUAAAAUAAUGAUCAUACACCUUGAAUAUACAACACAUUGCGUAUCAUCACCAUCCCCCAUGUUCAUUGCUUACUGUCUACUAUUGCACUAUAGACCACAUGCUACCCCAACCAAAUCAACUACCCCAGUAAAUCAAAACAACUUUUAUCCUUACAACACAUUUCAUACAAAGCAGGUGCAAACCAAUGCGACCACAUAUCAGUCACACAGAGACCCCCCUCUCCCUGCUCUGCUAUCAUCAGGCCAGGGCCCCUGAGGGCCCCUCUUAUGUAAUGUGAGAUAUUGGUGCCACUCUAGCAGCUCUGUCUUUGUCUCGUAAUAACCAGGCCAUCCACUGAGCCCUGGGCCCCUGUAUCUCUGUGAGUCAUUAUGGCAGGCAUGGAAGCCAUAAUCUGCCACUGAAAUGGCAUCCUAUUCCCUAGUGCACUACUUCUGGCCAGUCAGGCAAAAAGUAGUGCCUUAUAGGCAUUAGUGUGUUGUUUUGGACACAUUUCUAGAAGUAUUGGUGGCCAUUAUAAUCUGGUCAAAAGAAGUGUACUAUGUAGGGGAUAGGGUGCCCUAGAGGUAUUGGUGUCCAUUAUGCUCUGGUCAAAAGAAGUGUACUAUGUAGGGGAUAGGGUGCUGAAGGUAGAGAUAUUGAAGGUACAUACAGUACUCAAGUCUUGGAGGCUCAUAGAAUGUUACUUUCCUAAUUCUGUUAGUAGGAAGGAAAGAAAAGGACGGGCAGUUCUCACUCUCCCUCCUUCUUUCACACAUUCUGUCCUAUCUUCACCUCUAUUUCCAGCACAUGCAUAUUCUGUGUGCGUGCGUGGGUGUGGGUGUGUGUUUGUGUGGGUGUGUGUGUGUAUGGGUGUGCGUGCGUGCGUGGGUGCGUGUGUGUGUGUGUACAUACAUGUCAGCACAGCUUCACCGGGGCAUGGGUAAUUAGAGUGCAUGGAGAAUGAUGGAGGGAGACAGAGAGGGAGAGAGGAGAGAGAGAAUGAGAGAGACAGACGUCUCAACUCAGAGGCUCAUCCCCAUAAUGCGAACCGUACUCCAAAAUAACAUUUCUACAACUGCUUACACACACACAUUCUAUUUUCCCUAUCCCUUUCUCCUUUCCUCCACCACUAACUAGGCGUAAUAGCUACAUGAAUGUGAAGAGUUGAGUAGAACUCACAUACUUUUAAACUCAUAACUUUGCUGUGUACAGUCAUUCAACCUUGCAUCUCCUGACCCUUAAUCCCUGACCCCUCACCCUGCUGACUCUGUUGCUCCCACAACCCCUUAGCUCUACUGCUGUAUAUGUCACUCUAAGCACACUGAGCAAGACUGGGGGUCUGUCAGCCAGGCCAUGGUCUUUGAUAACAAAGCUGGGAGAGGACCUUAGACCAAGAGGCAACAAAGUGAUCAGUUGUUGCUGGUUUUAGUUUUUCUUUAUUUUUUUUAACAGGGAAAAACACGUAAAAGUCGAGGGAAAGUCUAUAGAGAACGUCCCCGACUGUAAUGCUCUAAUAUGGCCAGUAGAGGGGGCCGAAGGGUUAAUAUGAUUAAUCCCACUGAACAGAACUGUAGAGCUGUGAGUCUGAACCCACAGUGCACUGUAUCCUCUAUGGGAAACCGUUAGCGACCAUGUUGUGUCUAUGCUUGUGUUUAGCUUCAGACUUUUUUUUCGUUUCUGUUUCAUUAAUACUUGAGGAUUAUGGAAGUUGAGGGGAGAAUGUGAGAGAACACAGUGGUAGAGUCAGACUGUGUUAGCCUACUGAGAGAGACAGUGUGUGGUGGGGGAAUGAUCAGCUGCACAAUAUACUGUAACAUAGACUGGACUGGGGUUAUGGUCAGUGGGACCUAGAGAAGACUUAACACAAGCUGUGUUCUUGGACUAGAAGAAGAAACCUGGGAGAGAGACUCAAAGCAUCCAAGUCAUCAUCACAACCUUAAACAAAGGGGAAAGGUUGUGAGAUGUAACUGGUCAACUGGGACAGUGGACAGACUUAUUUCAUCGAUGGGAGCAAUCGGAGUCUGUCCUAUGAAGAGUCGCUGUGCCAUUAUAUCCUAGUGAACUAUUUUAUACUUAUUCAUGUGUCGCAGAGGAAACUACUACUAGUACAUAUACAACAAAACAGAACUUCAACCAGUAGAAGAGCGACAGAAGCUAUUUAUUUUUUUCUGUUCUUUUCCUCAACUAUUUUAUAGGUUUACACACAAGAGGGCGCCAUGGUGACACACAAUCACCAUAACAACGUACAUGUCAUUCUCUGAACAUUCGGAAUGUGGAGGAAUACAUUGUUGCGUGACAUAGAGACACCUCAAAAAAGAGGAGCAAAACUGUACAUUUUUAAGUGUAAGAACAAACAAACAGGCAGAAAUAUUUGUAAAUAUAACGUUUCUUGUUUGUUUUUUCGAGUGAAUGAAAUGACUUUGUGAAAACACCAGAGACAACAGGUGCAAGUUGAUAAGGGGCCACCAGCUAGUAUUGUACCUUCACUGUACACCAUUUGAAUAUAUUCAGAUUCUAGUUCCAUUAGCCCCGUGUUGUCAGUGCAGGAUGUAACCAAGUUGUGCAGAAGUGGGUAGACAAUGGACAUUCAGAACAAAGUCAUAGAGUUGUCUAUGUAGCAUCUUGACUGCUAAAACCUGUGAAAGCACUAAGCAAACACUGUAGCAGGGAUACUGGCGCAUUCUUACCCUGUGCUGUUGUUUAUAUGGUCUCUCUCCCACAUUCAAAUGGGACAAUGAUAACUGCAGGCCUUUGUUAGCUGUCUACCACACCAGCAUAUUUGUAUGAUGAUGCAGGAUACCUUAAAGACAGAAUCUGUCGUUCCCACUUCCCCCUAUGGCAACUACAAUGCAGGGACACUUUUACCGGAAAUUAAAGUUACAGAGUGCACCUUUAAAAACAACCUUGUGACUUCUGGAGUCCGGAUAUUCACUCCCUGUUGACUUCCGUAUUGUAGCGUAGACCCAAAAUCACAGGGGGAUAGAGAAACGAGGGCUUUAUGUAACCUAAGAUGCCUCUGAUCUAGCCUAGUCCCAGAUCUGGUUUUGCCCUCUUACCAACUAAUACAGUCAUUGUCACGACUAGGAGUUGACUAGACAGAACAAACUGGGAUCUGGGAGCAAGCUACCUCUUAUCCUCAUGGGAAACCACAUACUGCGGGUGGGUCACAUGUCCCCCUGUAUACACUGCGUUACGUACAAUGUGUGUAGGUGUCCUGGUCAUGUAGGUUGUGCUACAUGACCUCAUCAUAAGCUAUUGGUACAGCUACGCUUGCCUUCCAGGUGGAGAGGUGUGGUGGGAAUGAGUUGCUUUAGCCACUGCACGCCUAGUGGCCAGACGGUUGAACUACAUUACAAGACAUGCAUAGGUAUGGACCUGGAAGUGAGUGUAUAAGUGAGAGCAUGUGUUAGGAUAGCUAAUGUAUUGUGUAUGCGUUAGGUGUGUACUCCAUUUUGUUGUAGCCUUGGUUUGGACUGACACAGAGGGAGCAGAUAUCUAGUGUUAGUUUAAGAUGACUUUCAAAAAAUUGAACCGACCCCCCCAAAAAAAAAUCCAUAUUGGAUUUUAAUGUAUUAUUCCUCGCACUCAGACCACGAUGAGAGUCAUUAUUUUUGGUCCUAAACCAAUUUUGUUGACGGUGUGUUGAUUUUCAAUGAUAAAUCAGUUGUUAAAUGAUUAUAAAGCAGUUAUCAUAGUUUUAUAGAUUUGCCGGAGCGGCGCUCUGUUGGAAAAACACCUGAAAUUAAAGGGUCAGUACGUAACAAUGUUUCAUGUAGGUGAACUUCCUGCCUUGCUUGUGACUACGUGUCAUGGUUGACCUUCAAAACAAAGAAAGGUUUGUAUAUGUUCUGGUCGAUGUACCUGAGUCCAGGUACACUGAAGCACAUGACCAAUAACCCUGGGAAACAUUCGGAGUUGGGUGUCAGUUCGGCCUGCAUAGCAACAUUUGCACCUGUUGUCUUCUUUUACAUUUCUUUAUUGAAUUAAGAAACCCAAGACUUGAGAUGAAGAAAACAUGUUAAAAAUUCAUUUCAAAAAAGAGCAUUAUUAAACAGGUAAAAUCAAAGUAUAUAAACAAGGUGAUGAUAUUUCUGUUUAGUUAUGACACACUGUAUGCUGUGAUUCUGAUGCGAGGCGCAUAAAGACGUCCAUAGCCAGGC